GUGUGGGUUAUCCUGCCCCAAUUAGUAUUUGAGAUUUCAGCCCCAAAAAAAAGAAAAGUAUUUUUAUAUUCGGGAAGCAGCAAGUCAUAAAUAAAUAAAUAGAGGUUGAAUGAACGAGUCUUUCUUUUUCACUCAUUAUUUUUCCCUUACGCAUUCCAAAUUUUGAUUGCAGGCAUCCUUUCCUUUUGGGGUGAUCAUGGCACAACCUUGUUUCCGUUAUCAUCUUGAGGAGGAGGAAGUUGCUGAUACAUCCGUUUCCGUCGUCAGUUUUCAAAUCGUCAAAAAGUCCAUUGUAGACAACAAUGGCAUCAUAGUUUCUCCAUACCUAGAGCACAGGCACAGUUUCUUUUUCUAUAAGUCACCGUCCUCAGAUUUUUAUGUCUUCUUAAGCAACUAUAUGCUUGAAACUGGAAUGAUAGAGCCCUGUGGCAAGGAUCUUUUGACUCACUGCCUCUCCGAUUUUAAAGGGUAUUUCGAAGGAAAUCAACGACUAGCCCAAGAGCCCCGGGAGUUCUUCUGUUGCAUUCAUAGGUGUUUUAGAUUAGAAGAUGAGUUAGCGGCAAUGGAAUCCAGAGUUGUUCAGGAAUCAAUGGAUAAAAAUGUGCUUCCCAAGACUGACAACGGCCACCAAAGAAGCCAUGGAGAGGCUCUGCAUAGAGCCAAGAAAAAAGUUGGCCGUGAGUCUGUGACGACCCCUGCAUGAUUUUUAAUGCUGACUUCCAUGGAUGAAGACUAAUUUGCAAAGUAAUUGUUGGUGGUUUUUUUUUUUUUUUUUUCUGGGGGUUGGGUGGUGGACUAUAGUUUAAGAUUAAACUAGCUAGUAUAUAUUUUUAUGUGUGAGUUUUAUAAAAAAAAUUAAUCUUA